AUGAUGGGGUAUGUACAUCUGAUCUUCCUAUCUACCUUCCUCUCGGUUUCCAUGACAUCCGAAACAUUUGAUGUAAUGGAAGGUGAGGCUUUAGUUAUAAAAUGUCCCCAGUUGAGUUCAUCAGUGAAAUUCACCUGGUAUCACACGGACAUUAACAAAAUAAUUCCGGCAGAAGAAGAGGGAUCACGAAUAUUUUCCUUAAAACGAUUUCUUUGGUUUCUGCCAACUUCUAGAGAGGAUUCUGGAAACUACACUUGUGUUAUACAUUUUUUGAAUAAUCGUACAAAGUCGUUCAACAUGAGUGUGCAGGUGCAUCCAUACAAGCAAGGAGUAUGUUUCCCAAAUCAGAUUCGUUACCCAAAUGACACUGGAAGAGGAAAAAUUGUUUGUCCUACAAUUGACAAUUACAAGAAUGCUACUAUCAUCCAGUGGUAUAAGGACUGCAAACCUCUUCAAGGAGAGAGAUACUUCAAGGCAGAAAAAUAUAUUUUUAUUAACAAUCCAAGAAAGGAGGAUGAUGGUUAUUAUACUUGUCAAUUUAGCUACACUCAUAAAGGAAAUGUGUUUAAUGUAUCAGCAACAAGGAUUUUCAUAAGUAAGGCAAAACACUCACCUCUACCUCCUCAAAUUUUAUUUCCAAAAGAUAAAGAUGUAAUAGAAGUAGAGCUUGGUGCUGCUUUGCCUCUAAAAUGUCAGGCCCGCCUGGGGAUUAAGAAACAGCCGAUGGAUGUUGUCACAUGGGAUGUGGAUAACGUCCCAGUGAAAUACUUAGAUUUUUCGAGAUUUCAUGAAAAAACUCAUUUUUUUCAAGGACGGGAGCAAGAAUAUUACAGAGAGACCACUUUGCAUAUUACUGAAAUAAAAAAGGAGGAUCUGCAGGCAAAUUUCACAUGUGUAGCGGUGAAUGAAAUGCACAACACGAAAGCCACAGUGACGUUACAACUCAAAGCACAAUUGGGUCUUCCUAACGUCCUCUUGAUCGUAGGAUCUCUAGUUCUGCUAGUUGCAAUAGCAGUCUCUCUCAUACUUUAUCAGUCCUUCCGAGUUGAUAUCGUCCUGUUGUAUCGGGAGAUAUUUCAACCCUACUCAGCCAAGGACGACGGGAAGUUAUAUGAUGCCUAUGUUAUCUACCCCAGAAGCCACACCAGUGAAGCUAAUUUUGUGGAAUAUUUUGUUUACCAAAUCAUGCCAGAUAUUCUAGAAAAUAAAUGUGGAUAUAAACUGUGUAUUUAUGGGAGAGAUAUAUAUCCUGGAGAAG